CGGUUCUCCAUUGGUUUCGGCCGGUUCCUGUACAACCCUACCUGUGAGUGUUAUUGCUGGAAUAUCCGCCGCUGUCCUGCCCUGCCUAAUCAUCACACCGAUUGCCUCUGUUGGAGUUAAGUCCUGACUAACUUAGGUCACCAGAGUUGACAUACGCUACUACACACUUAGGACAGUGAUUAUGUCCCUGGACAGCGUUGCUCUGCUCACUUAUUUCACCAGACACCUCACGACAUUAGGUGAUAGGAGCUAACUCCCUAGACCUCCAGGACCGGGGGCGUUACAAACACAUUUAAAGGAUAUUGAAAUGAAUAAUUUUUGCAAGACAAGUGAACAUGAAGGGACACCAAACCUCCAUUCCGUUUUCUUGUCCUCUUGUCUACGUAAGUAGGAACAUUUUUUCUGAUCCUCAAUCCUGAAGUUGCCAUCUAUUGCCAGUAAAGAAGGAGAUGGAUACCUCAAACCCUGCAGUUUUUGUCAACGCAGAGCUGCUGCGAUUGUAUGUUGGUCGUAGGGUGCGGGCAGUGAUACAGGUUUUGCGAUCUGAUGGUGGAGUUGUUAUGGGAAAAUCUACCGAUGAGAAUCAGAUAGUUGUCAAAGGCUCUCCGCCUGCUCCCCUCUCAACAUUUGUUGAGGUUGUUGGUAUCGCUGACAGUGAAAAAUCCAUCAUUGUGGAAGUAUGGAGCAACUUUGGUGACUCAUUUGACACGUAUACAUACAAUCAGCUGUGUCAGCUUGCAAAUGGGGAAUUUAAACACUUGUUCCUCUGAUGUACGAGGAGCUUACUUUUUUAUGCAACUAGAAAGUGCUUCCCACUCGAUGGCAGUUUAAAGUAAAGAGGCGAUCAUGAUGUAUGGUAUGGUAGCCAGGAAUCAGUUUUUGCAGUUGGACAAUCAUAGUGAUCUAUCUUGCUUGAACCCUUGCGGAUGAACCUCCUGUUUAUAUUUAAAUUUUCCUUAACCUUCACGUAAUUGAAGUUAACUGUGCUAUCUGUUGAAAUUUUCAAACAUGCUUCAAACAUUCAACACUUAUACUACUAUAGACUAUAGUAUGAUUUGCAUCCUCCA